AUGGACCCUUCAAAGAUAAGAAAGAAAAUCUGUCGUUUUCGAGUCCUCAUCAUAGGAAGAGCGAAUGCAGGAAAAACUAACAUCCUACGGAGAGUUUGUAACACACGGGAGAACCCAGAAAUAUAUAACAGCGCCGGGAGAAAGAUCGAUGCCACAGUUUUGACGCCUUCGACAGAGCGUGGAUUGCACGAUAUUAAGAAUGAGAUGGUGUUUCCAAGCAACCCAGGAUUCGUCUUUCACGAUUCACGUGGGUUCGAAGCAGGCGGCGAAAAAGAAUUUGAGCAGGUGAAGGCAUUCAUCAAGGACCGUUCAAAGGAAACAAAAAUAAGCAAACAACUGCACACUAUCUGGUACUGCAUCCCGAUGGAUGAGGCGCACAGGUCGUUCACCAAGGCCGAAAUCAAGUUUUUCUCCGAGUGCGACACCGGGAACAUUCCGGUCAUAGUGUUGUUCACAAAAUUCGAUGCCCUCUACGAUACCGCAUACGCACAGCUGAAAUCGAAGGGAAAAUCAAUGGAGGAGGCUGAAGAACUGGCGCCGAAGCACGCCGAAGAGUCAUUCGCGAUUGGUUCACAGUUGAAGUUUCUAUACCACUCGAACGAGAUUCAACACCGUCCGAAAUGUCACAUAUGCCUCCCUAACAUGGAUAAGGACGAUGCCGAUUGCGGGCCGUUGAUCGAACUGACAGCUAGAACUCUGGACAACGAAGCGUUGCAACAAUUAUUCGUGUCGACGCAGCGGACCAACUUGGAGAUCUGCAUGAAAUAUGCAGUGGAGAGGUGA